AUGGCAGCCUAUCCCGAGAGCUGCGUGGACGCCACCGUGCUGGACUUCGUCGCAGACCUGUCCCUAGCCUCUCCGGGGCACCCUCUCCUCUGCGACUUCGCACCUGGGGUCCCCUAUGCGGACCACCAAGACCUUGUGCUCCAAGAGGGAAGAGCCAGAAGUUUACCGCGUUUUGAGGAGGAGGAUCCAGAAGAGGAGGGGGAAGUAGAAGAGGGCGAAGAGGAGGAGGUAGAGGAGGCCGGGAGAGGCGCCUCCCUGCUGGGUCGCCCUAAGAGGAAAAGGGUGAUCACCUACGCCCAGCGCCAAGCCGCCAACAUCCGCGAGAGGAAGCGAAUGUUCAACCUCAACGAGGCCUUCGACCAGCUGCGGAGGAAGGUACCCACGUUUGCUUACGAGAAAAGGCUGUCCCGAAUCGAGACCCUACGCCUGGCCAUCGUCUACAUUUCCUUCAUGACUGAGCUCUUAGAGAGCUUUGAGAAAAAGGAAACCGGCUGA